AUGUACCGAACCGCGAGGCCGAUGCUCGCCUUCGGCACGGCCGCCGCCGCCGUACGACCCCGGGCCUUCCCCAGAGUUCAGCCGACAGCGAAGAGGAUAGCGGCCGUCCCGGGCGCCGUGGCCACGAGGAGCUACGCAGGAAAGGCGAACCCGGCGGACCUGCGCCUGAGCUCGCGCCUGAACAAGCAGUUCGCCCUGAAGGAUUCCAACUACUCCGCCAGCGAGAUGGAGAAGACCAUGUCCAUGGCGCACAUCAUGCUCCCAGGAACCUUCGUCCCCGUCCCCUUCUCCCAGCUGGAUAAGUCCCCGAAAGCCCUCUGGGAAUACACCUUGGCCCGCAUCAAGCAGCGGGCCAAGGACUUCGCCACUGUUUUCGGCGCAAAGAUCUCGUCGAUGCCCACCUGGACCACCCGUCCGCGCGCCCAGCUGAACCGCGCGAAGAUCGUCCCCGAGGCCAAGGCCCUGCACCAGCGCCUCGGUGAGGCCAUCGCCGCAGGCGACAAGAACACCCUCCGCGAGAUCUGCACGCCACGCCUCUUCGAGACCCUGUCGGCCACUGUCUCGCGCCGCCGGACCGACGAGAAGGUCACUUGGGAGCUGUUGCGGUACAUUGGCCGGCCGCGCGUCGUAAGUCACAAGGUCGCCGUCCUGCCGCCCAUCGGCAAGGGCCCCGUCAUCCAGCAGGUCGUUGUGGCCAUCAGCAGCGCGCAGAGGCUGGGCAAGGUCGACAAGGCCACCGGGAAGGAGAUCAAGGACGGCCUGCGCGUGCAGAACCAGACCGAGUAUGUCGUCUUGAGCAGGCAGUUUGACCCCAAGACGUGGAGGCCCAAGAAGUGGGUUGUGUGGGGCAACACCAAGCCGACGACGCUGAAGGACUGGAGGUUGGAGGAGAAGGGCAUGCAGCAGAUGGAGCAGAAGGACUUUGCCAAGAGACGGGGAGGUAAGGCAUAA